GUAAAGUUCCAGGAAAGUUUCAGAAAACUUCUACAUAGAGCAACUAGCUGGACAUGGGGGUUCUAUGGCUGGCAGUCAGACUUCAAGUCCUCUUGCUCAUGGUCACGAGGGCAGGUGUCAGUGCCUCUGAGACGGAGAAGAGACUUCUCAACAAGUUGUUUGACUCCUACAAUCCCAAUGUGCGGCCUGCGCAGACGGCAGAUGAGAAAGUGACAGUGAGAGUGGGGAUGACCCUCUCACAGCUGAUCAGCCUGAAUGAAAAGGAUGAGGAAAUGACCACAAAUGUCUUCAUGAAUCUGGCCUGGAUGGAUUAUCGAUUGAGGUGGGACCCGAAGAAUUAUGACGGCAUUGAUGUUCUUCGAAUUCCCUGCAGCAAAGUGUGGCUGCCUGACAUUGUGCUACUGAACAACAAUGAUGGCAAUUUCCAUGUGGCACUCCUUGUUAAUGUGCUGGUACAGCACAAUGGCAUUGUCAGCUGGCUCCCUCCUGCCAUCUACCGGAGCUCCUGUGCCAUCAGAGUGAAGUACUUCCCAUUUGAUUGGCAGAACUGCACCAUGGUUUUCAAAUCUUACACGUACGAUACAUCUGAGGUGAUCCUGGAGCACUCCCUGGAUGAUUCGGGGAGGCACGAGAUCAGAGAGGUGAUCAUUGACAAGAAUGCCUUUACCGAGAACGGCGAGUGGCAAAUCUGGCACAAGCCUUCACGCAAGAACACGCUGAGCCACGACCCAAGCUAUGAGGACAUUACCUUUUAUCUCAUCAUCCAGCGCAAGCCCCUCUUCUACAUUGUCAACAUCAUCAUACCCUGCGUCCUCAUCAGUAUCCUGGCCAUCCUGGUCUUCUACCUUCCUCCUGACGCAGGUGAGAAGAUGACUCUGUCAAUCUCCGUGCUGCUGGCACUCACUGUCUUCUUGCUGCUUCUGGCUGACAAGGUCCCGGAAACCUCACUGGGAGUUCCCAUCAUUGUCAACUACCUGAUGUUCACCAUGAUCCUUGUCACCUUCUCAGUCAUCCUCAGCGUGGUUGUUUUAAACCUUCAUCAUCGCUCUCCAAACACACACGCCAUGCCCUACUGGGUCAAACAGAUUUUCAUCCAAGUGUUACCCAGGUACCUCUGGAUCCAGAGGCCUAAACUGGAGGCCUCAGAGAGUGAGAAACGUGUUGCUCUGAGCCGUGUAAUAGACGAAUAUUUCAUCCGAAAACCUGCCAUGGACUUAAACAACAUGAGAGUGGAUUUGCCCCCAAGCCACCUGUUCCCUGAGAUAAACAGAUACAUAAAUGGCAUCGUCCAUCAAGUGGUAUUGCCUCCAGAUCUGAAAGCAGCAGUGGAGGCCAUCAAGUACAUUGCCAAGGAGCUGCAGGGGCAAGAGGAGUACGACAAGCUGAAGGAGGACUGGCAGUACGUGGCCAUGGUUGUCGACAGGCUGUUCCUCUGGGUCUUCAUCACCUUCACCUCAUUGGGGACGCUUGCCAUCUUCCUUGAUGCCAGCUACAAUGUUCCACCUGUCGAUCCCUUCGACCCUUUGACCUAAUGCCAACCCCUGUCAGCUCUCCUUCCCCAAUCAUACAAGUAAAAGCAUCUUCCCUUUCCAAUCCAUCCCAUUCCCCAGGCUCUAGUGUGAAUGUGAUGCACGAAUGAACAGUUUCAGUUGGACAAUAGACUGUCUUCUUUUUAUUUUAUUUUGUACAGGAAAAGCACAGCCUUCCCUCUCACAUUCUAUUUUUGUGGGCCUGGUGCAUGAGUUGGAUCUCUCUCCCUUCCCAGCUGGAUCCUGCCCACCCCACAAUGCAGUCUAGAUACUGAAGACAAGUCAGGAUCUCCCUGUAGGAAAAAUGAAUCCCUUUGCAUCAAGGUGCCAUAAAUCUGUCAGAUGGUGGAUCAUGUGCUAUUCACUUGAGCAGGAAGAAUGAGAAAACAAUAUUAUCUAAACAGAACAACUGCAGAAUUCCAAGGCACUGAUGGAUUUGGGUGUUCUGGUGUAUGAAUCAAAACGUUAGUAUAUAGGUGAAGAAGGCUAAUGGGAUGUAAUUCUUUAAUAUGAGAGAAAUUGAAUGAAAAGUAAGUUUUGGAGUCAUACUGGACCCAAAAUGUUAACUCAGCAGGUCUGGAAAGAGAAACAGAGUUUCUCUGGAAUUCUCUGUUUGUUUCAUAUUUCCAGCAUCUGCUAUAUUUGCCUCGAUAAAAGUAAGAAUGUUCUGUUUCAGUUAUACAGUACAUUGGUGACACCACAUCUUGAAUACUUUGUGCAGUUUUGGUUUCUUAUUUAAGGAAGGAUAGAAAUGCAUUGGAGGUGUU